AUGCCGCUCGCUUCUGCACGCUGGACUGACUGGAUCGCCGGAUUGGGCCACGACGCCUACGCCUACCCGCGGUGGAUCACAGAGCAGCAACUUCUGUGCCGCUGCGACGUCACACUCUCGCCGCCACUUCGCAACGUGACCUGCUUCGACCCGCAGCUAGUCGACUGGCGGAAAUCGGUCAGCCGAGCGCAAUCGCUCGACUGGUGCACUGCCAAGGCGUGGCUGCUGGAGCACAUGCCCGAAUUCGAUCUGCAUUUUCUACCAAACUCGGUCACCGUCAACGCGACAUCGAUGCUGGACGACGUCAUCGCCUUCUCGCUCAUGGCGGACCGCGCGGCACCGUGGUCAGCGUCCGUCCCGCUCGCCACCAAACUCACCUACCUCCUCCCCUACGCCGGGUAUCGCGAGAGCCGGCAGAACCACCGCCCGCUCUUCUUCGCCAAGUUCUUUGCGCUCGUGGCCAACGCGACGAGCGUUGGAGAGGCGCUCGGCCGGCUGAUCGCGCCCAAUCUCUUUGUCGACUGGGCGGCGCAUGUCGUCGAGCACGGCGCCACCCGCUACGGCUCCUGCUCGGCGUGGGCGACCUUCGUCACGUAUGUCGCUCGGGCCGUCGGCGGCCGCUUCCUCAACAACCACAACUGGGUGGAGGGCUUGUGCGGCGAGUUCGACCCCGAGCGCGGCUGCGGCUUCAACCACAGCGCUCCUCGGGGCGGUGACAGCAGCCCGGCACGGGCCGCAUCGAUUCCAUUCACGCUGUCGCCAUCACCCGUGAACUUCGCAUCCGCACGAGCCGCGGAGUGCAUUGGUGACAUUGGCCCCACGCUGCUGUCUCAGGACCACGAGGUGUUCGCCGUUACUUGGGCGCGGGCGGAGGGCGGCGCGGAGGAGGAGGAGGGCGGCCCCAUCAUUGACGUGGGCCGGCGGACCCUCACCGACGGGGCGACCCCGCUGACGCCGCUGGUGUGGGCCUCGCAGCUGGCCUCGCCGGCCGGGGUGCCGCUGCCCGGCUUGCGGGUUGUAAACCGCACGGACCAUUACCGCUGCAAGUCGACAGGCGGCAUUGCGUGGCAGGCGGCUGUCGCUAGACACGCGGCUUGA